UUCUUCUUUGAUUGUUGGUGGUUUUAUCUUUGUUUCCAUAUUGUGAUAUUUGUGAACGUUCUUGUUCAAGCAUUUUUUUCUAUUAAGAUUACUUAGCUUCCUCUGAUUCAAUGUUUAGUGCUGUUGAUUAUUAUAAUACCUACUAUUGGUAUACAAUAUCUUAUCAGAUCUGGGUGGUAGAGCUCGGAUUUGAGGUGUUUCAUGCUUGGUUUUGUCAGAGUACACAAAUGUUUGUAGAAAUUCCUGAGAGAUACUGGUUUGUGAAUUGAUUAAAGAUUAAAUUUUGCUUACUAUUUCACUUAGGUUAGAAGCUAAAUAAGUAGGAUUUGAGUUUAUUCAACUCCAACUCAUAUGUGUUGAGUUAAUGUAACUCAACACGUAUGAAUCAUGAAUGUACGGAUAAUAGAAAAUUAACUUACAUUUUCCACUACUUUCCUUUAUGCUUGUUAAAACUCGAUUCAAAUUAAACAGAUAAUAGGAGGUGGAAGUAAUAAAUAGUUAGGUCAAAAAUAAAUAUUGUAGUGGCAGACACAAUUUGGGUGUACUAUACUCUUUAUUUUAUUUUUUCUAUUAUGAAGUUUAUCAAAAUUGCUUGAAAUUAGACAAAAAAAAGGAAAACAAAGGAUGGGCAUGAAAGAAGAAGAAGAUAAUGCUACAAAGUAAUUUUAAUGCUAACUUAGCCUGUCUAUCUAUAGGGGAUGUUCGGUUUGCAAGAUUGUAUCCCGAGAUUAAAUAUGUAGUAUGUUUGGUUUAUGAGAUAACUCAAUCAUAGAUGGAUAAUCAAGGAUAAUUAAUCAUAACUAACCCCCUAUGAUUAAAAUAGUUUCACAACUCAAUCCUAGAUUAUAUUUUGGUAUUAUCUUAUGUAGGAAAACGAACAUCACUGUAGAUGUGAACAUAAGUAAAACGGCUCAAUUAUAGGACCUCUUAACGACAAUUUUUCCUGGGUCCGUCCCUGCGUGGAGGUGCAUACACGUGGUAACCUUUUGAUUUUUGAAUCUUUUUAUAGUGAAAUAAAAGAAGUACUGCAUGAAUAAUCAUCCAAAUAAAGAUGUAUGCUUUUUGUUUUGCGAGAAUUCUAAUGUGUGCAUCAUACAAACACCCUCAAACACUUAAAUAGGAUAUUCGUGAGUGUCCUAUUAGACAUUUGAUAGAGCACUGAUUGUUAUCAUAUAAAUAAAUUUUCUUUGAAAUAAACGCAAAAACUGUAUUUUGGGUAAAACACUCGAACAAAAAUUUUGAAAAGGGACUGCAAAUUUCUUCUCUCGUUUCAACAUUUUCUUGAGAUAACUUUCUUUCGGUUUCAUUUUCACUAAUUUCUUUCUACAUUUCUACUUUUAAGCUUUAAAUUUGCCCUGUACUUGGUCAUUUUAGUUUGAGGUUAGCUUGUUUCUGCCGAGCACAAUGCAAGUUGUAUCUGAAACUUUGUUGAAUAUCCCCAAUAUUGCUUGUUUAUUCUUCAACUUACGCUUAGAAUUCAGCAAUGUGUAUUUGAAAGAGUGCCGUUGUUUGUUUCUUAGAUUGCAUAAAACCUCAGUUCCUAUUGUCUUAAAGCUAAAACUGCAAUUUUGAUUUUCAACUUUCAAGCACAAAACAUUACUGAUGGAUUUCAUUGGCUAGGGCUUUAGGAACAGAUUUACAGACUCUCCACCGCCAAAGAUCAGAUCAAAGAGAUGACAACUUAUGGUGCACUGAUUUCCCUUCAGAAUACAAUUUACCAUGCUAUCCAUUCUUCUCGCAUUAACCUUGUUGGCCACUCUCGAGAAAUCGUAGAUCUUGCAUACCAGGGGUUGCAGCCCUUUAAAGAAAUUCUGGGAAGAUUGGACAGCACAAGCAAGAGCAGGAGCCGGAAGAAGGUGAAUGAUUUGGAUCUACAAAUCAAAGAGGAGGUUUGGGAAUUCGAAGACUUGUUGGAAUCCCUCCUUGCGGAGCAGAUCCUUUCACAAUCUAGAAUUUGCGGGAAUGGGGAUAAAAGAGAUGUAUUGUUAUUCUCCAUUGAUCUGCAGAGCCUACAAGGUGAUGUUGGUUCCUUGAUCCAGAGGCUCAAGGAUAUGGAGGAGGAUUACAUUUAUCAAUUGAAUAAUAUGGCUGAAGACAACGAGGCUAGUUCCUCAAUAAUUGGUUUUGGUGGAACCAAUUUGAAGAUGAUUGGAUUAUGGGAUGAAUUAGAAGAAGUCAAGAGGAAUCUUCUGCGAGAGUUUUUUGGAAAGGAUGUUUUUGUACUUGUUGGAAUGCCAGGUGUUGGGAAGACUGCUCUUGCUCAGCAAAUUUAUCAAGAUCAAGAAAUUGUGAGCAAGUUUGAAUGUCGUGCAUGGGUCACAAUAGGCAGAAAGCCUAAACCCUGUCGACUUUUAAAACACAUUCUAGCUCAACUCGUUGAAGGGGAUGCAAAAGUAGGUGAAAGGAGACCGGAGGGCAAGAAAUGCCUUGUUGUGUUGGACGAUGUAUGGGAGAGAGAGGUGUUGGAUUACUUGAUAAGUAACUUACCCGUCACUGAAAAUGGAUUUAUUCAAAUCUUGGUUACUGCUCGAGAGAGAAACGAGAUUAUAAAUAUCACCUCAGAGAACAGUUUUUAUAAUCUCCCAGACGUAAGUGGUCCUACUUUCAAAGUGGUGCGGUUUUUGAAUGAAGCAGAGAGUAAGGAUCUACUAUGCGAAAAAGUGUUUUGUAAACCGGUUUUCCCUGAUCAACUUGACAAAGCUGCAACCAAAAUUGCCAAGAAAUGUGAAGGUCUUCCUCUCACGAUACUCACUGUUGCUGACAUCCUAGUAAAAUCCGAUAGAAGAGAUGACCCAAACUACUGGGAUGAUGUUGCAGAAGGGAGAAAUUCAGUCUUCACGGAUGCAUACAAUGAAAUAACUAAGGUAUUUUUCCCAAGUUAUGACUACUUACCUCAAUAUCUAAAAAUGCCUUUUCUAUAUAAGGGAGUUUUUCCUCUCGAGUGUACUUUCCCACCAUCCAAGAUCAUGAAUAUGUUGACCGCUGAGGGCUGGCAUCUUCACACAAACAAAAAGCAAUAUUUGGAGGUGUCUGUUUGGGAAUGUUUGCACGAGCUUUGUACUUCUAAGAAUCUUGUUUUAUUCAACAAAAAGAGCAUCUUUUGGCAUGAGAAAACGAGUUAUUAUUGCAUGUAUAAAAAUUGUUGGCUUCAUUCAACAUGGCGGCAUGUGUGUAGAAGAGAAGCUUGGAAGAUCAAGUUUUACCAAGUCUUAAAGAAGCGUGAUGAUGGCUCUAAAAAAGGUAUAAAUGGUCAUCGCGGCUUGUGUCUUGAAAAUAACAUUUUAUUUGGCAUCAAAGGAUUUCGCGAAUCUGUGGAACUGAACUAUAUACGUUCUGUCCUUUUUUUGGGUCCUUACCACCAAUAUCCAAUCCCAGUAGAUGUCGGUUUCAGUUUGCUUAGGGAAUUAGAUGCUCUUAACCUGCGUUUCUACACUUUCCCAUCAGAAAUUUUGGCUCUAGUACACCUAAAGUACCUUGCUCUAACUUGCAAUGGACAACUCCCUGCAACCAUAUCCAAACUUUUCAAUCUUCAAGUCUUGAUUGUCCAUCCACACGUCAACAUCAAACGUUUUGAUGACCCCUCAUACGUGCCAGUACAAAUAUGGGAUAUGCAAGAGUUAGAGCACAUUGAGAUCUUGGGAAAGAGCCUUUUAGCCCCACAUCAUCAUGUUGCUUCUUUGGAAAAGCUCUUGACACUUGUAGGUGUGAAUGCUAAUAUUGGCACUAUCUUGGAACUCUCCAGAAGAAUUCCUAGUGUAAGGAAACUAGGAGUUCGAAUCGAGCUAAGACCUCGUGAUGACAAUAAUGACCUUCUUAGUUGCUUUCGCAGCAUUUCAACUCUUGAAAGUUUAGAGACUCUGAAAUGUUGUAUCAUAAAUCCUGUGAUUCAGCGUGGCUAUGGUGUCCCUACAACUCCUAGUUCAUUGAUGAUGCCACGUGGAUUGAUAAAGCUACAUUUGAGUGGCAUGAGUUUUCCUUGGGAUUACAUGGCUGUCAUAGGCUCUAGCUUGCCAUUUCUUCAAGUACUCAAAUUGCGAUCCUAUGCUUUUCUGGGUUCAAAGUGGGAUGCACAAGAGGUAAUUUUUCCGAGACUUGAUUUUCUUCUAAUUGAAGACAGUGAUUUGGUAUUCUUGAACUUAAGAUCCAUUAGUUUCCCCAAGCUCAGCUACCUAAGCAUGAAACACUGCUAUAAACUGAAAGAUAUAUGCUGGCCGCCAGUGCCUGUUUUAAGCCACAGAAAGAUUGAAUUAGUGGAUUGCAAUCCUUCCGCUUUGAAUUGUGCCAAGCAAUUGUUACUGAGUCAAGAUGGCAUUGUUGAUAUUAUUGCCUCUACAACUUUUAAUGAGAAACCGGUGACCACCAAGUUCCAAAGUUACGGGAAACCACAGACGCAAUGGCCAGACACAGACCCCAUUUCAUUAUAUUUUUCCAGCCCUCUGUUUAGAAAGCCAAAACAGUCACAGUCAAUCUCUACAACCUCCGAGCAAGUGUUUUGGAUUUUGAUAAUCGUAUUCCUGGCAAGUAUCGCUUGGUCCCCAAAAGUUUUUUAUUCAUUUAUUUUUCUUAUUUUGCUUUUUAUAUAUUUGACUCGGGACUUAAUGGCGGGGUCUCAUGAGGGUAGUAACAAGGAUGGUAAUGGAGAUUUGCCCGAUGGAAGAGAGGGCGGUAUUCCAGAUUUGUCCGAUGAAGGAGAAGGCAGGGACGGUGAUGGAACUUCGGCCGAUGAAGUAGAGGAGAGGGGCGGUAUUCCAGAUUUGUCCGAUGAAGGAGAGGGCAAGGACAGUGAUGGAACUUCGGCCGAUGAAGUAGAGGAGAGGGGCGGUAUUCCAGAUUUGGAGGACGAGGACGAGGGCGGUGAUGGAGAUUUGGCAGAUGGAGGAGAGGAUGAAGAUGGAUAGGGAGAGAGGAUUCAAGGAGUGAGAUAAACAGUGAAAUGAGUGAUGGUUUCAACUCCAUCAGUAGUGUGCUGAUCCACCUGGGCCAGAGCUUCAAUGGCCGCAAAUCCUUUAGCAUUCUCAUACUUCCCAGUCCCACCAACAACCGCGAUGUGAGAGAUCGGCGUCGCCGUCCGUGCACCGCGAAGAA